AUGUUAUUUGAUUUAAUGCUUUCAAUAGGAAUUCAUAUAGGUAACAUUAGAUUUAUUUUACAUAGUUUCUAUAAACCUUUUAUAGUAGGUUACCGUAAUAAUUAUUGUAUUUUUGAUAUAAAUAAAAUAAUAUUUUUUUUUAAGAGAGCACUUUUUUUUUUUUAUAAUUUAGGGCUUAUGAAUAAUCUAUAUCUUUUUUAUAUGCAUAGCAAUAUGCAAUUAAAUAUUUCUUAUUUACUUUAUUUUAUAAAAGAAAUUAAUAGUACUCGGAAUAUGGUAUUCACUGAGCGUUGGAGUUAUGGUCAACUUUCAAAUACGUAUACGUCUUGUAGUAUUUUAUUUACAGAUAUUUUUACAUUUAAAGAAACAAAUAAGAACUAUAAGAGUUAUUUACCAUACAAUAAAAUUAAUUUUUAUAAUUUUUUUUUUAGUUUGUUGCAUUUUACAUUUUAUAAAAGGAUACCUGGAAUGGAGUGGGAAACGCAUAUUAAAAGGAUAGAAAAAUAUUGGCGUUUCUUUUUAUUUUUUAAAUUUUAUAGAUAUUUGAAUAGAUUUCCAGAUGUUUUUUUAUUUUUUAGUACUUAUAAUUUUCCUAUUCCGGCGAUCGAAGCAAAAAAUUUAAAGAUACCAUGUGUCGGUAAUUUAGAUAUUGAUUUUAAAUAUUAUACCUACUUGAGUUAUCCAUUACUAGGCAAUUCACAAUCUGUUUUUAUUUUUUUAUUUUAUUUUAUUAUGCUUUCAUCUUUUUAUAAAAAAGGAAGAUUAUCGUUUUAUUCUUCGAUUUUGUAA